UCUUUUUCUCUGGAAUUUUUCUUUGGAAUAGUCCCUCCUGUCCUCUCUCUCCUUUAUACUCUUUCAUCUCAUUAGAAAGUUCUGUUGUGCUGAAAACUUCUGUGCCUUGAUUGAAUUAUCUGACCAGGAGACCAAACUAACUUUCAGGUUAAGUCUCUCCAUCCAACCUUCAGAUCAUCCAUCCUUCUCACCAUGUCCACCAAAACCACCCAGUCCUUCCCCGAUGGGGCCUACAUGUCCCUGAUGAGAGGCUUGAGAGAGCUGGACCUCCGGGGCCCCUGUGUUCCCAGUGAACUGGUGCUAAUGGACUAUGCCUUUCCUUUAGCAAUGAACAGCCGAGGCCAGGUCCUGAUGGCAGCCUCUCUGUACGGCCGUGGAAGGAUCGUGGUUCUGGGUCAUGAGGGCUACCUGACCGCGUUUCCUGCUCUGGUAGAGAACGCUCUGACCUGGCUGAGAGGAGAUGGAUCUGACAACCUGUCUGUGGGGAUCCACAAAAACAUCAAGGCAGUUGCUGAUAAAAUCAGCAAAUCCAGCUUCCAAGCCAAAGUUGUGGGGGCCUUCAGUGGCAAUCUGGGGUUGGGGGUGUAUGUGACAGAUGCCUACAGCGUGGGCGCUCACGUGAAGGACCUGGUGGCAUUUCUGAAAGCUGGAGGAGGAGUGCUGAUAGCGGGGCAGGCGUGGAACUGGGCUGCAAAUCACCCUAAGGAGAACACGCUGCUUCAGUUUGAGGGGAAUAAGGUUUCUGGUGUGGCAGGGAUCUACUUCUCUAAACGUUAUGGGAAGGUAGAGUGCCUGCCUGUCUGCCCUCAGAUCCCAUCUUCAUGGAUGGCUUUAUGUGUUGGUCAGGAGUUUGAGGAGGACUUGGCGUUCUUACUCCAGGGGGUUUCAGAGUUUGACCUCCGUGAUACAUCUGCUUCUGAGCUUCUGGUCCACGGCCCACUAGCCUUCUCCAUUGGUACCACUGAGGAUCGAGGGGUGUUCCUGGGAGGAUCCUACUAUGGGCAGGGACGAGUCAUUGUGAUUACACAUGAAGGACUUCUGAAAACAAAGACGCUGGCAUCGUUUUGGAAGAAUGCCAUUAAUUGGUUGGACCAAGGCCGGAAGGGGGUUGUUGGUGUUGUACCAGAGCUCAAACUUCCCAGCGAGUCAGGGUUAAAGUAUGAGGAGACGGAGUUCAGGAAAGACCUGAGUGUAUUUGUUUGUACAGUUUACAAGGAUGACCAUAUGGAAGAAAUCCAAAACUUUGUCGCAGAGGGAGGAGGUCUGCUGAUUGGCGGACACGCAUGGCAUUGGUCAUACACAAAUGUUGGGCAAAACCAAAUGAUAGAUUUCUCAGGAAACAAGAUCCUGAACAAAAUGGGUUUAAGCGUGUUGGUGACAAUAAAUGAAAAAGGAUCCUACAAGCCUAGCCAGGCCAAGAAAGACACCAACCACUUCCGCCAUCUUCUACGUCGCUUUGCUGCUCAUGUUACCCAGGGCGAAGAAUUUACAAAGCAUGACGGGGAACAACUAAAUAUACUGACCAUGAACUUCUUGAACAUGAAGGCUUAUGACAGCUACUCCUACACACAGGUGCUGUCCAUCCUCACUGAUGUGUUGAAGAAGUCCGGCAUGCCACAGGUGAGUGAGAAGAACCCUGUUAAGAGUCCAAAAGACCGCCUACUCCUCAGUUUAGGGGCAGCGGUAUAUAACACUUGCCCAGAUCCUGAUGCCCUCCUGCCCUUCCUCAUCAAGGAUAUCCCCUCAAUGCCAGUUGUUAAAAACCAAAGGAUCAGGAUUAAUACGAACACAGCAGGAGAGAUGGAGUGGAUCAGUACAGGUCUGUACCUUUCUCCUGGUAUGAAGACCGAGAUAAUCAUACCAGCAAACAUCGUCAACAAGAGCUGGAUGAUCCAGAUAGGUUGUCAAACAGACAUACUGAAGGCUGACGAGUUGAAGAGAGCACCAAGUGUUUGUGAGCGAUUUCCUGUGACCACAGAGAAGAUGCAGGUGUCAAACCUGUGGGGGGGACUCAUCUACCUGGUGGCUCCACCCAACACAAAGGUGCAGGGGGCAGAGGUCAUAGUGCAGAUGGCAGUGCUUGCUCCUUAUUACAAGUCUGGUGUGACAACAGCUGCUGAUUGGUCGAUGCUACGCACAGCUCCCUCACCCUGGGCAGAGUUGGAGUUUGACAACGUCAACCUUACUGUACCAUCAGAUGUUGUUCGAGACCUGGAGCGCAUUGAUGUGGUGGCAGCGCUUUGGAAUGACAUCAUGAAGGGCAUUGCAGAUUUGGCUGCCAUACCACACAAAUUUGCCCGCAAAGAACGCUUUGUAGCAGAUGUGCAGAUUUCUGCUGGUUUCAUGCAUUCAGGCUAUCCAAUCAUGAUCCACACAGAAUCAGCAAAUGAGCUGGUCAGACCAGGUGAUGCCAGAACCAAAGGCCUGUGGGGAGAAAUUCAUGAACUGGGACACAACCAACAAAGAACCUGCUGGGAGUUCCGACCACACACCACAGAGUGUACAUGUAACCUGUGGUCAGUGUAUGUUCAUGAAGAGGUGCUGGGGCUCAACAGGGAAAAGGCUCAUCCAUCUAUGACCUUAACAGAGCGCAAGAGACGUGUAGACGAGUAUGUUAAGGGGGGCAAGAAACUCAGCGACUGGACAGUGUGGGUGGCCCUGGAGACAUACCUGCAGCUCCAAGGAAAGUUUGGCUGGGAUGCCUUUAAAAAGGUGUUUGCUGCCUACCACAAGAUUACCGACUAUCCCAGUGACAACCACGGAAAGAUGAACCUGUAUGCUGAGACUUUCUCCCAGUCUGUGAGGAUGAACCUGACGGGAUUCUUUAAGGCCUGGGGCUGGCCCAUAGAUAGAGCCACUGAGAAGAAACUCUCCAACCUGCCUCUCUGGAGUGACCACCCGAUGGUCUAGUAUGAAUGAAUUUCAGACUGCAGCUGAUUAAAAGUGCAGUCUAUAAUAAUUACUAGUUCCAAUUGAAAGGUAAAUUUCAAGUCUUCUUUGAGGGUCAUAUUUACUCUAAUAUUUUUAAAGACAUUUGGAUGUUUCUUUUAUGGAAAAGUAAGCUGUGUCUUUCAUAUGUAGGUCAUGUGCUCUUAGGUUGUUAAAGGUUACGCUAUUACUUCUACAUUAAUUCCUGUAAUUGCUUUUUGGAUGAUGUUUUUACACUGUACGCCUCAAGGGGUGGUUUAUCUUUUUGACAGAACAAGAAAAACAAUUUAAUUCAUUCAUUAAUACAAUAUAGUACAGUACCUGACAGUUGACUCAGGCUCUUUGCAUAAGGCAGAUACUUUUUUUACAUUCUUUUCCAGUUUUGUAUGUUGAUAAUUGUCUUUACUGUCAAUGAAAAAGACACAACUGUCACUGUCAUUUAUUUUCAUUCAUCAAGUUGUGGUUGAAUAAGAAUAAUAAUAUGGGAUGCAUUAAAGCUGUUGAAUUUUAUCACACAGUACACCAUGUGGGCAACAGUGUUUUUAAAAUGAAGCAUUUGGAGCAGCUUUGCUUAUUUGAUGAUUUUUACGUACUCGCUUGAUUCUUGCAAUCUUUUGGGUGGGUGACAUUAAAGAGGGAAUGGCAUCAACAA